AUGAGGCUCUCUCUCCUUGCCACCCUCACGGUCGCCGGCCAGUCUAUGGCUGCAGUUAUGCCGCCGACCCUACUGCCGACACCAGUCAAGGCUCGGCAGUCGAACGAGUCUGAACCUGCCUUGGUUGAGUCUCUCAUUGCAGCUGGCUGUAACCCGUUCCAAUGCCUCUCGAUUGUCGGUGCAAUCCCUUGCAUCAUCCAAGGUGUGGUGAAUGGAAACAUACCUGAGAUUUCGAGCUCGACGUGCUACUACAGCACCUGUACGGCGUAUACAAAGUCGCUAAGCCUAGAUCGGAAGGACGAAAGUGUAUCCAAUCUUUUGGCUAAAUCUAUGUAG